AUGUCGAUGACAGACUUUCUCAACGCUGAGGACAUCACGAAGGCAGUGGGAGCCUUUACCGCUGUCGACUCCUUCGACCACAAAAAGUUCUUCCAAAUGGUCGGACUGAAGAAAAAGAGCCCGGAUGAAGUGAAGAAGAUAUUCCACAUCCUGGAUAAAGACGAGAGUGGCUUCAUCGAGGAGGAGGAGCUGGGAUCCAUUCUGAAAGGCUUCUCCCCAGAUGCCAGAGACCUAUCUGCUGAAGAAAUCAAGACACUGCUGGCUGCUGGAGACAAGGAUGGGGAUGGCAAGAUUGGGGUCGAUGAAUUCUCUGCUCUGGUGGCUGAAAGCUAA